AUGGUUCUCGAUGAAACUUGUACAGAGGAGACGUGUCAUGGUUCUUCUAUCUGUGUAAGUCUGAGCACCAAGUCCUUUUGCGUGUGUCCGGAAGGGUAUUACUAUAAUGACUCCGAUUGUAACCAAGGAAGAACAUUCCCUGGGAUAAUUACACUGCUAUGGGAAUUAUCAGGCCUGGAUGACAAAACCUCCGUAAACUAUCAGAAUUUACAUUUCACAAUAGUAGAUUUGAUUGGGUCUGCCUUUGCCAAUGACCCUACAUUUGGACAAGCAGUGAUUCUCAGCCUACAAACAUUUGAAGCAGCCAGAUCUGAAAUGCGCAGCGAAGGCCAAGUUAGUGUAACAGUCACAAGCAUAUUUAGCAAAAGUUCAACCAUAACCCUGGAGGAGGUCAGUAAAGCUAUUAAGAAUGAAGCAGAGAAAGAAGGUUUUUCUUAUGAAGAAGAGAAUCCAUGUGAAUUAAGUGGCUGCAAAAAUACCAGUGAGGAUUGCUCAGAUGGUUUCCAAUGUGAAUGCAAAACAGGGUUAGCAAGACCCUAUCCUUUGUCUUUUUGCUCAGUUUGUUCCUCUGACUGUAAUAAAAAAGCCAAUAAACAAUGUAUUAAGGACCCUGACAACCUGCUUCCAGAGUGCCAAUGCCUACCCGACUACACCACCACCAAGGAAGGAACCUGUCAAAAGUGUGCCUUUGGAUACAGUGGAGUAGGUUGCAAGGACAACUAUAUACUGAUCUUCACUGUGGUGUGUGUCAUUAUUGUGGCCCUCCUCGUGGCCUCCGUAAUUGGACUGAUUGUCUUAUUCAGAUCAAACAGAAGGAAGAAGAAUGGAGAAGAGGACAGUCUGAUUAGUAGAGACUUCAAUGAUAUGAGACUGGAGACCACAGGGUUCGGCAAGCCAGCCUCCUCCACUGGGAGCCUCUUCCCCAAGGUCAAACCUCGAAUUCCCAGGAUCCAAAGCAAUGAGAAAAGUAAUCCCUAUGCCGAUUUGAAUUUCCCAAGGUCUAUGCCUGCACGAGAUUAUUAG